CAUCUAUUGGCAUACGGGCAUAGGCCUAAAUGCAUAAUUUGAUAUUGUUAGUUUCUCGAAAUUAAGAAAAAAUAGCACAACAGCAGAGCUUUAAGCUCCGAAGUGGGACGCUUACACCAAAUAUCCACGCGAGGUUAGCUAGCUAACUCGGAACAAGACGUUUCUAGACUAAAGAUUGAAGUCAGACAGACUCGGCUGUUCUUGGACCGUUGGAUGUGCAGCAGCAGAGUGAGUAGUCCGGGAGCGGGGCGCGGCGGCUAGCUGUCCGGCUCGCGAGCUCCCGAGACCGAGCAGUGCCAGUGCAUGCAGUGUACUAGCUGGCAGUGGUCCAGUCAUCGAGCUACGCGAGUGAGCUCGUUCUGCUUCAUCGAUCGUGGACGGGGCUGAUCCCAUCGUCAAAAACAUGGCCAAGGCCAAGCAUAUAGUGUGUGCUAUGUCUGGAGGUGUAGACAGCAGUGUAGCUGCUUGGAUCCUGAAAAGCAAAGGGUUCAGAGUGACAGGUUUAUUCAUGCGUAACUGGGAUGUGUUGGAUGAGACCGGGAUGUGUACAGCAGACAGAGAUUGUGAGGACGCCCAAAAUGCUUGUGACAUUCUUCAGAUUCCCUUCCAUCAGGUCAAUUUUGUUCAGGAAUACUGGCAUGAUGUGUUUAGUGAUUUCUUAAAGCAAUACCAACAGGGGUUCACACCAAAUCCUGAUAUUUUAUGCAAUAAAUACAUCAAGUUUGACAAAUUUCUAGACCAUGCAAUGACGAAGUAUGAUGCCGAUGGAUUAGCAACGGGCCAUUAUGCUCAAACGAGUAUAGGGGAACAGUUUCUGUAUGACAAGAAUUCUGCUGCUAGAGGAGUGAAACUUUUGAAAGCGCUCGAUAGCUGGAAAGACCAGACUUUCUUCCUUUCACAAAUCACACAGAAAGCAUUAGGAAAAACUCUCUUCCCUUUGGGUCAUCUAACCAAGGACAUAGUAAAGCGCAUUGCUAAUGAAGUUGGACUGAAGAGGGCAGCACAGAGGAAAGAGAGUAUGGGGAUAUGCUUCAUUGGAAGAAGGCAUUUUCAAACUUUCAUUAAGGAGUAUCUUGAACCCAAACAAGGAACUUUUAUUUCUGUAGAGAAUGACACAGUAGUAGGUGAACACCAAGGUCAUUUCUUAUUCACUCUUGGUCAAGGAGCCAACAUUGGUGGCAUGAAGGAAAGAUGGUUUGUGGUAGACAAAGAUGCUGAAAAUAACACUAUCUUUGUGGCACCUAGUACCCACCACCCUGCCUUGUUUCAUGAAACCUUUAUGACUGGACCAGUCCAUUGGAUCCACCAGCCACCAAGAGAAUUAAUAGAGGACCAGAUGAUGGAUUGUGAUUUCAGAUUCCAGCAUGUCCAUGGUCUCACAAAAUGUACUUUGACUUUGAGUUCCAUGGGCUCUGUUAUUGUUUCUCUCAGUAAACCAAUGAGGGCUCUAACACCAGGUCAGUUUGCUGUGUUCUACCAUGGUGAUGAAUGCCUAGGCAGUGCCGUCAUUAUGAAACGAGGACCAUCACUGUACGAGAUGAACUGGAAGAAAUACCAGAGUGGAGAAUGGAAAGCAGAAUGGCUCAAUAGUUGAUGAUGCUACGAAAUAGGAAACUUUAAUUAAUGAAGUGGAAGAAAUGUCAAUGUACAAUGGGAACAGCAUCUUGUAACCUUUGUGAAUCAAGGAGCUUUACUCUUAUCACCGAUUGAAGUAGAAUCGUCUUUUACCAAGGAAGAUAAUAACAACUGGUAUGAUGAUUCAGAGAGCACUUAUUUUGCAUUAUGACAUGGAAGGAGGAUCAUCACUUCCUGAGAUGAACAGGGAGACUAUCGGUGGAAAAUCAGAAUUAACUUAAUAUCAGUGAUACUGGGCCAAAAUGAAUAGUGAUUAUAGACAAAUAAAUACCAGAGUGCCUGUAAAGUA